AUGGUUAGAGUAACAAGGAGUCAGUAUGCAAAGGAAACUCAAGUGUUACCGGUGACUUCUGUUGCACACGAUAACGAGGCGAACUCAUCGUCUGCCGAAGCAAAACAAAGAGUGAAAUCUGUCAAGGUCGAAAAGACGAAGAACGCCGAGCAGACCUCGACUGAUCAUUAUCUGGAAGUAUGGAACACCAUAAAAAAGCACAAGGACAAAAGGUAUUCUUCGGAUACCUCGUUAUUUCGGUCACGUCAAGAGAUUUCCUUACAUGUUACUUACUUAAUCAAUAGAGGCCGGCGUAUAGCGAGACUGUUCACUUCCUUGCCUGAUAAAAAACGUUAUCCGGAUUAUUACGAGGAGAUCAAGAAACCGAUUUCCUUGGAAAUAAUAAAGAAAAAGAUUGAACGUAACGACUACCAAGAUGAGAGGGAACUGAAGGUCGAUUUGGAGUUAAUGUUUGAGAACGCAAAGAGAUACAACGUGGAAGGUUCGCAGAUAUAUAACGAUGCCGUCGAAUUACAGAUCUUGUCACGACAACUGUUGGGCGGGGGGGCGGAUGACGUACUCAUGGAUGAAGCGUCGACUCCCAACUUUGUUAAUGAAAUAGAGCAUAAGGACGAAGUCUACAGAAUUGGCGAAUAUGUGCACAUCGUCAACGAGCGUAAUCCAAGCAAGCCGAACGUCGGACUCAUAUUCAAUAUAUGGACGGAGAGCAGAAAAUCAUUUGUCAAAAUAUGUUGGUAUUAUCGCGCUGAACAAACGAAGCACCAGGCCAGUAAGAAAUUUUUCAAGGACGAAGUCUUCAAGACAAACACGUUUCAAGAUCAUCCGAUCGAAGAUGUCAUUGAAAAGUGUUAUGUUCUGCAGGUUAAAGACUACGUUACCGGUAGACCAAAAAAUAGUGAAGGAAAGAUGGUUUACAUUUGUGAAUCGAGAUACAGUGAACAUGGAAAUACUUUUAGCAAAAUUAGAAAUUGGCUUGGCUGUCUACCUAGAGAUUCUCCUGUGAUAAAAAUAGAAUUAGAGAGAUUUGAAACACCCUUGGUUCUGAGGAAGAUUGGGAGUCCGUUGACCGCUGCUGCGCAUGCCAAUGAAGAGGAGGAGGAAGAAGAAUCGCCGCGAUCAACGAUGUCCGAUAUUGAGCCCGAGGAACCUGAGAUUGAUUCCGUGCAGACGUCAGAAACAGAGUCCGCGUAUUCCUCUCCCACGGGUAAGAGAUCCGCGCAAACUAAAACCACUCCUAAUCGAUUGGCAUCUCUUAGAACUAGAAGCUCGAGGAGACAACCACCAUCAUAUAACUCGAACAAUCCUGCAGACGCGGUUUCCGCUGCUGCCUCACCGAGAACACAACACCCUCACCAUUACUCACCAUAUCCCAUCGUUCACCCUCCAUACCAGAUGGCCACAAUGAAUCCCAUGAUGUAUGGUGGCUUUCAUGAUUCAGGGAUAUCGACUCAUUAUGGUUAUGCAUACCCGGUCCCUUACCAACAUUCUCAAUCACAUGUGAUGAUGCCAACCCCCCAGUAUUCACAUCCGCAGCAUUAUCCAGUGAUGACCCCACCGGUUCAACCUAAUAUGACGCAAAUUCCGAUGCAAACGGAUGACCUCUCUGGUAGACAACGGCAGUCGACACCUGGAAUCCCCAAAAAUAAUCAUCCAAGCGUCGAGCUUCCACCGGAAACAGCCGAGCAUUUCGUGCGCGAUGAAAACGGGAAGGUGCUUUGGUUUGCGACCCCACCGAUAGACGUGACACCAUUACCACAACCGAUGCAUUCAAUUGAAUAUCUUCAUCGAUACGAUGAAAUACGGGCACGAAAUAAACUAAGGAUGCAAGGAGAGAUCUCGAAUCAAGAGAAUCAAAAAAAUGGUGUUAAAAAACAAACCACAAUGAAAUUAAAUUCAGUCCAGGAAUCCGAGUUAAUUGAUACGAUUCGAGAAAUAUCAAAUGGAUGGAAAGAGGAUGCAAUCGCUCUUAAGGCGCGGCUUGACGAUCGCUCUUAA